UCAGUGAGAAUAUGAGAGGCCAGAUGGUAAUCGUUUUAGAGGAAAUGAGACUAUACCAUCGCAAAGGAAACCACAGGAAAGAGGCUGACCUUGUGCACCUGUACUGCUGCUGCAGAGCUUUCGGGUUACACUGCAGACAGACAAAGAGACAUUGUGGUGUCCUAAAACUGUUCUCAUCAAAAACAGGGCCAAAACGUUCUAAAGUAUCCAUACUGAGGCCUGGAUUGUACUGUGGGUGGACAAUGGUGCAAUAUUUUGCGUUCUACUUAUAAGGAACCUUAGAAGAGAGGCAACAUGACCAAACAGAGAUAUGGUCGCUAUAGCAACAUGGAGGAGGGUGAGUAUCAUGUCCCUGAUAACCAUGAAGAAGAGUUCUUGGUGCACAUCCUUCCUGCCAGAGCCUCCGAGUCAGACAGAGACUAUGCAGAUAGGGACAUUUCCAGAUCCUCCUACGCUCAGAGUAUCAGCUCCACUUCAAGUGUCAGCCCUAUCAUACCCCCACGGCAUCCCAAAAGAGGCCUCCCUUGUACUUCUCCAGGAAAUACCGGACCUUCUGUCAACCGCCAACUGAAGCCCAGAAAACCAAGGAGGACCCAGUUAGAUGACAGAGCACAAGUCAUGGAGCCUACAGAACAGAACAUGCUACUCCCACCAAGGUCCCCACCAUCCUUACCUAAGGACCUAAUGAACAAGCUGUCUGGGCUGAACCUCCAGAGGCCCUGCAGGAGAGACAGACAGAGAAGACAAGAAAAUGUGGAAUGCAAUACACCCUCAAAUAGUAAUUGUUUAAGGAGAGAGCAAACUAUCCAAAGAUAUUCACUGGACCUUGAAUCUCAACUCAACACAGACAUAAGGUUACAACAAAGGCACCAUAUCCCAGAAGAGUCCUCAGUGAAGCGCCAACAACACCAUGAGUGGCCUCAAACCAAAGAUGACGUGGAGCAGCAUGACUUUGUCCCCAAGGAAAGACCGUGUCAGACAUACAAUGAACAAGACUGGUACAUAGGAGCUUGUGAUCGAGCAGAGGCUGAACAUGCCUUACACCUGGUGAAUAAGGUUUGUAAUGUGAGGUGUUAUUUAAGUAACGAGGCACAAAGGGAGCACUGUAUAUGUCACGACUUUUGCCGAAGUCGUUGCCUCUCCUUGUUCGGGCGGUGCUCGGCGGUCGACGUCACCGGCCUUCUAGCCAUCAUUGAUCCAUUUUUCAUUUUCCAUUGGUUUUGUCUUGUCUUCCCACACACCUGUUUUCAAUCCCAUUCAUUACCUGUUGUGUAUUUAACCCUCUGUUUCCCCUCAUGUCUUUGUCAGAGAUUGUUUUAUGUCAAGUGUUGUUUUAUGUUGUAUAGGUGCGCGACGGGUCCUCGUACCCAUGUUCGUUUAUGUAUGUACGUAUUUAGUGUUUGGAGCAUGUUAAGUGGACUUAUAUUAAAAGACUCCAUUUACACUCCGUUUGACUCUCCUGCGCCUGACUUCCCUGCCACCUAUACACACAAUUCUGACAGUAUAUUUUAAUGUACAGUAGUAAUUAAGUAAUAUUAAUGAUACAAUCUAAAUAAAAUGAUUACGUACUGCUUAUGAAUGUGUUAUGUAUGGGUUGUAACUAUGAAGUCAGUGUAUAUGUACUCUUUCAAUAAAGUGUUACCCAAAUGUCUCCCUAACAGAAUGGGGCAUUUUUGGUGCGGAAUUGCUCAAGGAACACGAAGAGCGAACCCUUUGUCUUAGCAGUGUUUCAUGACAAGAGAGUUUUCAACGUUAUAAUUCGGUUCAUUGAUAGCACCUCCAAGUAUGUCCUUGGGACUGGGCAA